CGGGCAUGGGGAGCCUCCAGCUGCAGGACUUCGUGGCGGGCUUGGUGGGCGGAAUCGCCAGUGUGGUCGCGGGCCAUCCCCUGGACACGGUCAAGACUCGUUUGCAAGCUGGACAAGGAUAUGGAAAUACGCUCAAGUGUGUUCUCACUGUGUACAGAAAUGAGUCUCUGACCGGCUUCUUCAAGGGCAUGUCCUUCCCACUGGCCAGCAUUGGCAUCUACAGCUCGGUGGUGUUCGGGGUCUUCAGCAGCACGCAGCGCUUCCUGAGCCAGCUCCGCCACGGGGACCCGGCCGCCGCGCCCUCGCUGGGCGACAUGACCCUGGCCAGCCUCGUGGUGGGGGUCAUCUCCGUGGGCAUUGGCACCCCCGUGGAACUGGUCAAGACCAGGCUGCAGAUGCAAACACAGCCCUACACCAAAGCAAACAUUAAACAGAAUUCCACAGCUCCUGGAUCUUCUGUGUACAGAGGCUCAAUUCACUGCUUCAGGACAAUCCUGCAGAAAGAGGGGAUUCCAGGAAUAUACCGAGGCAAUGUAGCAAUGCUCCUGAGGGACGUCCCCGGGUACUGCGCCUAUUUCGUCCCAUACGCGAUGUUCUGUGACUGGAUAACCCCUCAUGGAAGCAUUGCUCCUAAUCCCUUCGCCAUCUGGAUGGCAGGGGGUGUAGCAGGAGCUGUUUCCUGGGCAGUAUGUACUCCAAUGGAUGUUGUGAAAAGUCGACUUCAGGCAGAUGGAGUUUAUUCAAAGCAGUACAAAGGGACCAUUGACUGCAUAUUGCAGAGCUACCAGAACGAGGGCUUAAAAGUCUUUUUUAGGGGCCUCCUGGUCAAUACAAUAAGAGGAUUCCCAUCGAGUGCAGCCAUGUUUCUUGGCUAUGAACUUUGUCUCAGAGCAAUGAAAGGAUGGCAAAGUGAGACCAAUCCCUAACUUCCAGAAGUGUUGCCAAGAGCACCAGAAAGUCUGCUGCCUUCCCGAGCCAGAUCAGCAGUGUGGUGUUGGUGAGGGCUCAGCUGCCCUGACUGAAGACUCCCCUCCUGCACCUGCAGCCCCUGCUGUGGACACGUGGUCCGUGGAGCACGCCGAGAAUCACACCAGCUCAACCAAACCCAAAGACUAUUUCAUUACCAAAUCUCUCACUGUUGACUAAGAGCACCCUAGUAAUUCUGGUGGUGGUGGUGAGCUUCUUCACCAAUGGCAUUUUUUGUACUGAACCAGGAAGAGAACUUCCCUUUCCCAAGGGAUGUACCCACAUCCAGCCCACCUCAAAUCACCAAGGAAGUGUCUUUUGUACAACACGGUGUUAGAACACUCAUCUUCUUUGGUGAGCAAGGAAAGGAGAAAAUAGUGGGUACACAGAUGCUUUUUCUGGUAGCCAACAAAUCCUAUCUUGCUUUCAGGUUCAAAGAAGUGGGUGACUCCUCCCAUACAAACACGUAUCCUCUACAACACAGUUUAGCACAAUUUACACAUUAUCAUGAAAAAUGUAAAGGCUUUAACAACUCCAGUCUGUUUACCAAGGUAUAAAUUAAAUUGGGAAACAGGAGGAUGUUAAAUUCAGACACUAAGGUGCUUUUUUUAAAUACAGAAAACAAUAAAACAAGUUUGCAUUUUAUAUAGAAGGCUGCCUAUUAAUUUACAUAGCUUGCCUGGUGCAGCCCUCCAGGGACUGGCUUGAGGUAUCUCUUUAGACCCUCUGAGCUCCCUGGCAUGAUUUGCCAGCUGCCAAAACCUGCAGACAAAACUUUGCAGCCAUGAGCAGACCAUGACCAAAGGAAGUCUCUUUAGGACACAGCAUGCUUGAGACCUCCAGCUCUUUGCUGGAAUCCCACUGAGACCACUGGGGCAGGCCCAGUCUCUCUUUGGUCUACCUCAGCAUCUCAAUUAUUCCAAGAUCAUUUACAUAAUGAUUUUUUCUGUUUAUGAUGUUAAAUAUCCUUAUGAUUUAUUUUCUAAGCAUGGAGCUUUUGAUGCCAAAGCCCAAGGAGAACCAGCUUUGCUGUGACAAGAGGACUCUGGUGGCACUGGCAGGACAGGCCAAGGGGGCUCACAUGCAGAGGAACACAUGACAUGGGGGAAUAAUCUAGGACAACACUUCAUCAGAGAAAUGUUCUAGAGGAACAGCUCUUCCUCUGGAGAAGAGCUCUGGGGGGAAAGCCCAGUGAUUGCAGUUUCAGCAGAUGCCUUCAAAACAAGGUUUCUGAAGACAAUGUGGAGCAGAUGUACAGCUUUCCCCCAUAAAACGAGGAGAAAGAAAAAGAAACUCCUUCAUCCUCUUCCCUGGAUGAAUGAGGGAAUUGGUCACAACACCUGAAGAUCACAGCAGAAAGUGCCUAAAACUUUGGGUCUGGAGCAGUACUUGGAAAUGGGGACUAAAAACAAAACUGCGGGUGCUUCCAGAACUGGCCUUAAAAGGGGGAAGAAACAGCUGGUGUUGCCUCAUCUCAAAAGGCUCACAGUGCCUUUGAUCCUCUUUAGGAUACCUGGAACAGUUUUUAAUAAACAAUAUGGAAAAAAUUGAUGAUCCUUCACACAAAUAUUUGUUGCUGGCUGCAUUUAAGGAUUCAUCCUUUUCAUGUUGCCUAUUUUACUGCAUGUAUGUAAAAUAUGUUUUUAGAUGGACAAUAUCAUGUGUCUCCAGGGAUAAUACUUGGGCAGAUUAUUUUUUAAUGCAAAUGAAUGGUGUGUUCAUCUGCCUGCAUAAUGUAAAAUGGAUCAUGAAUGAAUUAAACUGAUGAGUUCACAACAA